UUUCUUUAUAUGUGUCUGAGGACGACAAGAUUAAGAAACUGAUUCAAAACGAACUGAGAAAGCUAGCUAGACUUAGCUAGUUAGAGGUUGACAAAGUGGAUCGGAAACAUGGCAAGAGGCCUCUUCCUUUUGAUGUAUCGGAGGAGAAAAAGGAAGAUGAAAUAUUCUCUGUGUACCAAUCGAUGACGAGUACUGAUCAGCCGGCCGAUCAUGUUAGUUAUGAUGCUAACACACCAGCAAAUGUCAUCGCUGCCUUCAGCGAUCAGUACGGCUGGCCGGCGCAUGGCCAAGCGAAUCCACAGUUGAUGAUCAGCUCGACGGAACUUCACACAUCUCAACCUGCGCACGAUCAAGGAGACAAUACAAGAAGAAGACACUACAGAGGGGUGAGACAAAGACCAUGGGGGAAGUGGGCAGCUGAGAUCCGUGAUCCGAAGAAGGCAGCCAGAGUCUGGCUUGGAACAUUCGACACGGCAGAGGCUGCAGCCCUUGCUUAUGAUGCAGCGGCUCUAAAGUUCAAAGGCAGCAAAGCUAAGCUCAAUUUCCCUGAACGUGUUCAAGGAGUACAUGACUUGAGCUACCUAAUGAGUACUACUACUUCCAGUAACUCAGGCACAGUUUCUGAAUAUGUUCCUACCCCAAUACCUUUAUUUCCACAACCACCAAUACCUUCUCCUAUUCCAACUCCUUUAUCACAUGAAGCAUUUCCUAAUCUUUUCCAGUACGCACAGCUGCUUUCCAGUAAUGAUGAUAGGGAUGUUCAGUAUGCUACCUCGAGUCUUUAUAACAAUCAAAACCAGCUUCCAUUUUAUGGUUCAUCACAAUCUACAUCCAUGUUAUUUUCAUCACCAACUUCUUCCGCAAUGUCUCAUAAUUAUUAUGAUCAACUGGCCAUGGAAGAAGAGUUACUGAGGGGGAGCUUUCCUUCUGCUUCCAAUUUUCUUGAGCAGGCUGGGAGGAAUAUUAAUGCUCCUGAUAAUAGCCAGAAGAACUGAAAGUCAAGGUCAAGUACGUACACAUUAUACAGGUUUUCAUGCAAUGGGAGAGUGAAAACCUGACGGCCAGUUUUUGCCUUUUGGUUAACCCUUUUGGAUAAACCAUUCUUAAUUAAUUCUCCGUUAAUUAAAGAUGUAUGAAAUAGAAGAAAGAUUUAUUUCAAUUUGCUUGAAAAUGCAUCUGAAUUUUAUUUUCA